AUGAGCUACCAACUCCACCCACUUAUCGACAAUGGCAUCAGCAAGGGCGACUCGAACAAGUCUGGAGGCAAGCUCUACUGCAAAUGCUCGGGCUCCGGCCAUGUCGAGGUAACCCUCGGUAGUAAUGUCGCAUUCAACCACGCCUGCGGAUGCUCCAAGUGCUGGAAGCCGGACAACGCACUCUUCAGCGUCGUCGGCGUUGUGCCAGUCGACAAAGUCUCCGUUACCGCGAACGAGAACAAGCUCCAGGUCGUCGACAAGUCGGCCGUCAUCCUGCGUCAUGCCUGCAAGGACUGCGGCGUCCACAUGUACGGCCGUAUUGAGCAGGACCAUCCGUUCAAGGGACUGGACUUUGUCCAUGCUGAGUUGGGCGAUGAGAAAGGAUGGCAGGAGCCGCAAUUUGCUGCUUUCGUGAGCAGCAUCAUAGAGACUGGGGUUGACCCGGAGAAGAUGGACGAUGUUAGGUCGAAGCUGCAGGGUGCUGGUCUGACAACCUAUGACUGCUUGAGCCCGGCAUUGAUGGAUAUGAUCGCCACUGCGGCUGCGAAGAAGGCUGGAACGUUCAAGGCGAAGUAA